AUGCCAGCCGUAGAGGUCGAUCAUAGCAUGGGAUCGGAGGACGGCGGCCAAAGCGCACGAGGCGCGCACGCGCAGGCGGACGGGGGCGAAGCGGGCGCACCGCCGGCGUCGCCGCCGGACUCUGACGGCGACCUUGAUGUGUUGAUGGCGGGCGAACGCGCGGCGCUGCGUGUGCAGCUGGCGGACAACUUCCAGGCGCUGGUGUUUCAUCGGGAGGGCUAUGUUGCCGCGACCGUGCCAGCAGAGGCGGCGGCGCUGAUCGCAGCGGCCAUAGAGGCCAAGGCAUAUGAUUACGUGUGCCGCGCGGCUGAGGCGGGCAGCUCCCUGGACUCGGUGGUGCGCGUCUACGCCAAGGAAGCUUCCACGCUGCUGCUCGCCGAGGUGGACAAGUACACCAGCCCGGCCGAGGACCCCCAAGCGCGGCGCAGCGCGCCGGGCCAGGUCGACAGCACACAACUGAGCCUCUACGAAAUCGCGGGCGGCCUGCGCAGCAUACACACCGCGCCCGCCGCGGCCCCCGCGGCGGCGCCGCGGGCGAGCAGGGGGGACGGGCCCUGGGGCUGGCUGGUGCCGGGCUCGCGCAUGCUGCCUUACGUGGUGCUGAAGGGCGCCGGUGUCGCCAUCGGCCGCGGCAAGGAGGCGCUGUGGGCCGUCGGCGGCGGCGGCGCUAGCAGCAGCAACAACGCCGCCAACGGCGGCGCCGGCGCGGGGGCUAGCGCCGGCCGCGGCACGCCGCGCAGCCUGCUCGCGAUCGGCGGCGACCGGCAGCUGUCAGCGGCGCUGGCGCGCAACCUCGGAUUCGUCGAGGUGGCCGACGGCCGCGUCAGCCGCCUGCACUGCAUCAUCAGCCUCAGGGCGGGGCCGGGCGGCGGCAGCGGGGGCGGCGAGCAGCAGCAGCAGCAUCAGCAGCGGCAGCAGGUGGCUGUCUUGGAGGACUGCAGCAGCAACGGCACAUUCAUCAACGGGAAGAAGAUCGGCAAGGGGGAGUCGGUCGCGCUUUCCGAGGGCGACAAGAUCAGCCUGGUCUCGUCGGUCGCCCCCCUGGUGGAGCAGUUCUUCCUCUUCCGCCAGGGCGACCCCCGCGACAGCCAGCAGGACGGCGGCGAGGAGCACGCAUGGCUCGACUCUGCGGGUGGCGCGAGCGGCGUAUACUCGCCGGCGGCAGCGCACUCCCCCAGCCGCAACGGCGGCGCUGGCGCCAGCGCUGCAGAGCGCGCUGCAGCUGACCUGCCCGUUCCGCUGCCCCCCGCCGGAGAGGAUCGUGAUUAA